CAAUAUCUGCAUACGGGCAUUGGUGGAAGUAAUAGAAAAUGGCAGCGACAAGUGGAUUUAGCUCCACUGAAUCGCUAAAUUCAAGUAUUCAAGAAAUUCCCGACCCCCUAAAACAACUUUAUCCAGCUGUGAACGAAGAAGAAACCCCUCUUCCGAGAGCAUGGAGUUCCAAAGAUAAAUACAACUUCAUUGGAUUAACUCAAAAUAAUCUGCGUGUGCAUUACAAAGGAGUGGGGAAGAACCACAAGGAUGCAGCCAGUGUCCGGGCCUCCCACCCUAUCCCCCCGUCCUGUGGCAUCUACUAUUUUGAAGUCAGAAUCAUCAGCAAGGGAAGAGAUGGCUAUAUGGGCAUUGGUCUGUCAGCACAGGGAGUUAACAUGAAUCGAUUACCAGGUUGGGACAAACAAUCGUAUGGUUACCAUGGUGAUGAUGGCCAUUCUUUCUGUUCCUCGGGAACUGGUCAGCCAUACGGACCAACAUUUACAACUGGUGAUGUGAUUGGCUGCUGUGUGAACCUCAUAGACAACUCCUGUUUUUACACAAAAAAUGGAAUUAAUUUAGGCCUCGCAUUUACAGACCUGCCGUCAAAUUUGUACCCCACAGUAGGACUUCAGACCCCAGGGGAAGUGGUGGAGGCCAACUUUGGUCAGACUCCGUUUGUCUUUGACAUAGAGGAUUACAUGAAGGAGUGGCACAUGAAGACCAAACUGACGAUAGAGAGGUUCCCUGUCAGUGACAAGAAGGGGGAGUGGCAGACUGCACUACAACAGAUUGUAUCUACGUAUCUGGUGCACCACGGUUAUUGUGGCACAGCAGAGGCAUUCUCCCGGUCUACAGGACAGUCUAUAGAGGAGGAUAUGUCCUCCAUCAAACACAGACAAAGAAUACAGAAGCUAGUAUUAGCAGGACGCAUGGGUGAAGCAAUAGAGACCACACAACAGCUUUAUCCAGGAUUACUAGAGAGAAACCUUAAUCUGUUGUUUAUGCUCAAAUGUAGACAGUUCAUAGAGAUGGUGAAUGGGACUGACACAGAGGUCCGAGGUCCAGCUAUUCGCAGCCCAAAGUCACGGCACGGGAGCGGAUCUAACCGUUCCAGUCCCAACAUGAGCCCUGUCCACCACACAAAUUCAAAUUCACAGAAAAACACUCCAAUAGGAUCUCGUGGCAAUAGUCCUAACCGACCUAUAGGUGUUAAAGGUCAUAGUUCAGGUUCAUCUUCACAAACAAGUCAAAACUUACAGGUGUCACAAACAAACAACCAGAGUGUCGGUGAUUUAAAGACUAUAUCAGAGGAGCAUAUGAAUCACGCGAACAUAGCAAUGAACGGUUCCGGGUGUCACAUGAUUCAGGACGAUGAUGUAGAAAUGAUGGACGGACUUGUUACAGAGACUAAAACAUUCACAAAUGGAAACUCAGAAGGGACGUACAUGAACGGGAAUAAUCACACAUGUAAAUCAGAAGAGAUGGAUGUGGACACCCCCUCAGGUAAACGGCAGCUAUGUGGAGGAUCUCAGGCAGCCAUAGAGAAAAUGUUGCUGUUUGGGAGAGACCUUCAGUCAAUGAGCCAGAGGCUAAAACGGGAGUACGGCAAAAGCGAGAGCAACAAUAAAUCUUUACAAAAUGCCUUCAGUUUGUUGGCAUACUCUGAUCCCUGGAACAGCCCAGUAGGGUACCAGUUAGACCCGGUGCAACGAGAACCAGUCUGUGCUGCCUUAAACAGUGCUAUAUUAGAAUCCCAGGGUCUCCCUAAGCAGCCUCCACUAGAACUGGUGAUAGCUCAGUCUACCGAGUGUAUGAAGCUAAUGUCCAAGGCCAAGAUCGGCUCCUGUGCAUUUGCCAACCUCAAUGACUACCUCCAUUGACAACGGAGAGAAAGUAUCGGUGCCUGACAAGUCCUAGAGAACCCAGAAGUUGUGUACACAAAAAACAUCCUGUGUGUCAGAUGAAAACGUACACGAUAUGCAAUUCUUCUCAAGUUCAUCAUAGCCGGUUCAUUUUAUGCAUUUGUAUAGAUGUAAUGAAGACAACAUCAUAUUUGUUACAAAGUGAAGAUGUUUUCAUGAACCGAUCCAGUGGAUUUUCAUUCAGAUUUUAUCGUGUACAUGAUCUUGUAAUGAACAGGUUUUUAUGAGUCAUAGUGUUGUGUGUGUUACAAGAUUGUUUUCAUCUUUGCUCAGAACAUGUAGUAGCUCUUGAAUUGCAUAGCCACUUAGAAAUUAAAACAGCUAGAAUUGACAUUUUCACAACCCUAUUUGACUUGUAUUGUGUGUUCUGUCUCUAGAACAAAAGACCAAGAUAACUCCUUUGGGUGUAUAUUAAGUUGAAAGCACAACUUUUGUUGUGUUUUCUGCUAUAAGAAAUGAAUUAUCAGUCAAGCUGUAAUAUGAUAAGAUUGUCCUCCUGUGUUGCAAUGCUACGUCUCUUUGAUUUUAGUCAGGUGAUUUGAUCUCAUCCACAUGCGUUCUGCGGAAUGGAUCUUUGAAUUGAUAUUAGCAUCAAAACAAUAAGUGUUGGUUGCCACUUUUGAGACUGGGAUAUGAUAUGGAGAGUUAAUUACAUAAUGACAGGAUGUCAUUCUGAUAUGUACAUAGUAUGUUUAUCCACAUGUAAAUGUGCACAAAGUGUACAUGGAGACCUCAUAGAUUGGCUUUCAUUAAAUGGUGAAUGGUUUUAUAAUGUAUUGCAUAAUUUACUGUUGUGAUCCAAGGAGGUGAUUGAUUGAUUGAUGGAUAGAUCGAUCGAUAAUGGAAACUUAAAAUUAUUGAUAGAUAUGGAUAUUUAUUGUUAUCAAGACAUCCGAGGUAUGACAUUUUGAAGGAGUAUUGCUAUUCAGUCUAUUUAAAGAUACAUUUAUUUAUUAAGAUGAGAGGAUACUUCAUAUGCAAGUUCAAUACUAAGAGCAAAUGUUUUUUAUUAUACCAAACAGCAGUGAAACUAUAUCUAAUGUGUGUGAUAUUUCAAAGACAUUAAAGAUUGUACAUUUAAA